AUGGCCACGGGCGCCCUCCUGCCGUGCCCAGUGUCCCGGCUGGACUUCCUCAAGGCCUCGCACUGCGUUGGGCCCGACCCGCGGCUGCACGUGGACGCCAAGCAGUGCACGUCGCACCCGGACUUUCCCGCCUACCCGAGGGUUACCCGUGGGCCGCUGUGCCAGCCGCCGCCCCGCGCGUCCCUCUUCCAGCAGGACACGCGCUGGGUGGGCCAGGAGCGCCUGUCAGAGACGCACUGCGCGUAUGCGCCCCCAUUACCGCUGCUGUUGAGCCAGUGGCAGCCGGAACUGGCGCGGGAGCGCACGCUGGCCAUGCAGGCCAGCAACCUGCACGUGCACGCGGACUCGCGCACCCGCACCGGCCUCUCCACCGCGCGCUCCGACUCCGGCUGGAGGGAGCUUCCGGAGCGCGCCCUGGACAAGAUCCGCGGUGCGCGCCUCAUCUUUGACCGCGACUCGGUGCCGUCAGGUGACCGAGCCAAGCUGCGCAUCCCGCCCACCACGCACCAGGAGUACUUCCGGCUCCGCGAUGUUUGCCCGAAGCCCCGGGAGCCCUCUUGCCACUACGGGGGCCCCAGUUCCCUCAAGUGGGGGCCCAGGAGACAGGAUGACAGCACCUCCUACAAGAGACAGUUCCAGGCCCUGCCAGGCCCACCUGCCUUGAUGUGUAAGAGGGCCUCCUCCAGCAUAGAACUGGGAGACUUCAGGAUAGGCUGUGAACCCAUGUAUGCAGAGCAGAAAUACGCCUACAGGCCCCAGGUUCUGCCUCCAGACAGGUAUGACAAGGCCCAGGCCUCAGCCCACAUCCACCAUGUGAAUAUCCAUCCUGGAGAUGGCCUCUUCCAUGACAGGACCACCAAGGGUGAACACUUCUAUGCCCGGGAUCCAGAACCUUUUGUUCUUCACCACAACCAUUCUCCGGAGUCGCACAUCCUGGAAGGAAACGGGUGCCCCGGUCCAGGCAGCCUCACCACCUCCACGCACUUCUUUCACGGCCAGCCGCUGCCCGCGACCAAGCCACCCGGCCGCCACGUGCCUCAUGAGAAAUUGCAGAGUCCCAUAACCUUAGGGGAGCCGUCGCUUCUCGGACAGUUCUUCCAGACCUCCGUGGGCACGGACUACUUACCCCCUGGGAUGCAAAGUCCUCCAAGAGCGCCCAACCUCCACUUGCUGCAGAGCAACCUGCCCCAGGGCACCGGCGAACCAGAUUUUUUAACCAUGAACCAGAAGAUGGUGAAGCCGCACAGAAUAGCUCCAGCCUCCAUGCUACAACGGUGCAAGUAUAGCCACUAGGAGCCCCCGCUGGGUAGACAGCGCUUCUUCUCAACCCUAAACAAGGAUGAGUUUGCCUUCAAGUACCGGGGCCCAGCAGUGCUGAGAUGGGACAACUUCCAGGAGAGUCAUGUGCCCCUGGGCUCCCCUCACCAGUGGGGCUGUAGGGCUGGGAAGGCAGACCCUCAGGCUCCCCAGACCCCUACCUACCCAUGCCCUAGCUAG